AGCAAGAAGCGUGCCGCACCUACAGUUGGUGCAGAUAAAAGCAACAAGAAGUCAAAGUACGCAUCGCAAAAAGUGAUCCUACCAGGCGACCAAGGCAUCUGGGCCACAUGCGACAAGGGUAGAGAAGGCAAAUGCACAGGAGAACUUCGUGAUCUUUUCAACGAGUAUGCUCAACUGCUGUACGGAGAAGAACUGGCUGCGGAAGCUGGUGCUGCUGGUUCUGAUGACGAGGGUGAUGGUGAAAUCAACAUCGAGGCCGAAAUCCAGCAAGAACUCGCAGACAUUCGCAAGCCUCAGUCAAAACCUCUGUUCUGGUCAAUCAAGCUGGACGUUCAAUGCGGUGAGUCGAUCUGCUACAAAUCUCGUUACAUCACUAAUACCGGCACUNNAGUAAUCUUUUUCAAGACCAGAGCGCCUGUCGAGCCCGUUUCGUUUGUACGAAGAAUCUGCGAAGAUGCUGCCAAACCAAAUGCGCCAAAGCGUACCAGAUUCUGCAACCGCCUUACCCCAAUGACUUUGAUGGGCAAGGCCACCGAGGAGGGUCUCGAGAAGACAGCCAAGGAGGUUCUUGCACCUCACUUUCACACAGAGCCGCGUGUGCCUACGAAGCGAAUGGAUAUCAUCCAAAAAGUUGCGUCGACCGUCGGCCCAGGACAUCAAGUUGAUCUCAAGAACUCAGAUGUCCUCAUCUUGGUCGAGAUCUACACUAGCAUCUGCGGUAUCAGUGUAGUGCCCAACGACUAUGAAGCACUGAAGCGAUACAACCUGGCUGAAAUCUUCGAGCCUUCUCCCAAAGAACAACCUAAGAAGAAGAUCGAGGCUCCCAAAGAGCAGCCCGCAGAGAACGUCAAGCCGGAGGUUGGUCAUCAAAGCGAGACUUCCGUCGUCAAAGAGGAGAUCGAGAUGCCGGCUGGCACAGAAGAGACUGAACCUCCAACGGUAGCUACAAGAGACGAGGCAGCUCAAGUC